UGAUAAAUGAUAUAGGUGGUUCCAGUGUGUUGUGUCAUGGGCAUGACUACAAUUUUGAUACCAAAAACAGGUGAUUGAAAGAGAAACCAAAACAUGGGGAAGAUGACAUUCAGAGUAGUUAUAGCGAUUUUAGUACUACUCUUACUUUACUACGUCGGCCGGCCUCUCUACUGGAAAAUCUCCGCCACCGUUCACGAUAUCCGCCACAACAAGCAAACCGUCUCCGGAGGAUUUUCACAAAUUGUUCAGGCAGCUCAGAAUUCAGUCAGCUGGUUCCACGAUGAGUCCGAUUCAGGAGUGCUUGACGUUGGAAUCGCGGCAGCAAGGAGGAUUGUUCUUCGUAAGGUUUUGUAAAGCAUUUUAAAAUGUUACUUUCAUGUGUCAAGACUGUCUCUAGUGGUUAAUAUAGAUCCUUGAAUAAACGUGUUAUAGUUGUGGAGACUUUCAAACUUUUGAAGUUUCUGCAAUUGUUGCUACACCUUGUACUAAUUUCAGUCCAUAUCAGAAUAUCAAACAAUCAAAUUGUCUGUAUAUUUCUCUUGAUCCUGCUAAAAUACUUUGAUCCCACUUACUAGA